AACGUGAGAGUACUCUAACUGUGUGUAUAUUAAUUAUUUAAUAUAUAGUUUACAACUGAAAAACCAAUAUGUUUUUGAUAUUGAAAUUGCUGUUAAUAAUCUUAUUAAAUGAAUCGUACGCGUGUUUCACGCAAGAUACCGAAAUAAUAUUGCUGCCGGCAUCGAACUCGACAAACGUAAAGGAGAUACCAUUAACUCUGAAAGCUUUCGGACAAUUGAUUCAACUCAACCUACGUAGAAACGAUCUGUUUGUAUCGCCUACGUUUCCAGUAUGGAAAUAUAACGCAAAAAUCACAAAAAAAUUGUUGCAAUUAAAUGUUUCAAACUUUUGCUAUUAUUAUCAUGAAGAUGAUGUCAGCUCCGCAACCAUAAACUUUUGUGGAACAAACAUGGAAAUGAGGGUCUCAUUUUUAUGGAAAACGACACAUUAAAGAUUCGACCUUUGCGAAACAAAUUUACGCCUUUGUAUUUAAUCGACAAUUUAAG